CAGAAAAAAGAUGUCGAGCGAACGAUUGGUAUAGAUACUGAUUACAUUGAGACAAACGAUUUUAACCUGGAAUAUCUGGACAAACAGUUCCUCGUUGAAGUAAGUAUCUUCAAACAUAUUGCUCGUAUUAGUUUGCCAUCUUUUAACGUAGGUCAUGAGAAUUUGCGAAAUAUCAAGUUGAAAGUACCUCCAAGGAUACUUUAUUUUCUUUCUUCUAUUAAGUUUUUUUUUUUCUCUAAGUAUUUUGGAAGUUGACCUUAAAGCAGUUUGCAACAGCACCAUGUAACACAGAAUCUGAGGCUUAUGUUAAUGUAGUUAAACCUUUAUAAGGCAAUCAGUUUUAGGAUGGACAAUUGAGUGUUUAGCGCAGGUUUGACCAGCUAAAACUAAAACAUAAGAAGAAGGACCAUCAGUCACAAGGUCAAGAGGUUUUUUACUCUCCUUGCGGCUAAAUAAAACAAAUUUAUACAUGUCGUCGUUCACGUCGUUGUUCCCAGUGUGCUUUCCGUCCCAUCCUCUGGAGACUGGAAACGAACAUGCGCCGUUCUUUCAAAAGGCUACUGAUGUCCUUUUUUUCAAGGUCCUGCUUCGUCGUUUACCAUCCAGUAAGGUGCUUCUUGUACCAUGUGACCUUUUCGUGCAAAGACCCAUCUCUGUUAGGGCGGUACGUGAAGUCACCAUUGAAGGUCCAGCGCUGCCCUCCUCGAAAGGAAACUAAUUUUACCUACUGUUUUUUUCUCUAGUCCGGUAGACGAGCGACAAAAGCGUUUCUUCGAGAGUACAAACUUCGCCGCACCCGUAGAGAACAAGAGUCUGCUCUGAGCGCUUCGCGGAAUGAAGGGAGGCCACAAUCCGGCAUUACAGUAACUGUUAGAAGUGCUUCAGGUUCAGACGACAGCCCGUUCCAGGAAGAUCUUCCACCAGAAUACGCCAUUACACAAAACCGUACAGACUCAAGUGUAGCGCAGGCCACUAACCGUCACCCACGUGACUCUAUUACGUCAGUUACGUCAUUAGAAACGAGUCAGCAAGAAAAUCCAGUGCGGCGAUCGUCAGCUGGAGUAAAAUUACCUCCCUUGUCACGUGAAAGGGAAGCGUCACGUGAGCAAAGCGAAAAUUUAGCCAGAGAGGGAUCUGGGGAUAGCGUGACCAGCGCACGUAAGGUAGAUGUUGAUGUAAAACGUAGUCCCUUCCCAAGUCGAAAUCAAAGAGUUGGUGACAUUUCGAACUGAGUUUCAGAUUGCAAACUCUAGGCUAUUCUUGGUUGAUAGUAUUUAUUGUCCCUAGGGGCGCUACAGUAAAGGCGUAUUGUUAGCAUGUAUGCUCAUGGUCCUCAGUCUUGGAAAGAUUGUUAAGGUUUUUGAUCACGGAAACGAAAAUUUGACAAGGGUUUUCGUCUGUAAAAAGGUUAGUGAAUGAAAGGAAGAAACUUUGAUUUUCUCGGUAUACAAAGAAACAAAUGCUAAUACGUUUGUAACACAUGCACUAUCUCGUCACGAGUUCGCACCAAAGCGAGGGCAAGUAAAUAUUUAAAAUAACUAUUCUGUGAACGCGCUCUCGGCAUGCGCAGUGAGAUGUUCUUUAGUGCGUACCUUGAUGAAAACGUUUUCAAGUAGUAAAUUUAUAAAGUAGAAAGAUUUACAAUUAUUUCUCAAAAAUCAAGGUGUAAAAAUUAGUAAGGACGAUAAUUUGUGUACUCUGCACAUUGAUUUUGUCAAUUCCAUUUGAGUUAUCUGUGUUAUAGCAUUCAUGCCCAAUUGUCUACAUUGCCUCCUUUAUGAUCAUUUACCGUCUUGUUAAUUGGUGUCCAAUCAUGUGCAGUUAUACAUUCAAAACAGAUUGGCUGGUCCGAUUAAAACAAAGUAUAACUGCCCAUGAUUUGGAAAGUUUCUGGUUAUUUUGAUGACUUGUUUCCUUAAAGGUUCGUCUAGUUUUCUUCGUUUCAGCCGUGAAACAUCUUUCGAAUUUAGUGUAACUGGUUCUAUAGGGUUGGGAGAAAGAAUCAAAUACGCAGAGCGUGUCGAUGACUUUUGAUGAAUAAACUUGAAGACUUGUCGUUUAGUUUUCAAUUUUAUCCUUUAAGCCGCAUCAAUGAUCAACAUCCUAUUUCCACUUAUAAAAUCACUGUUUAAAAGAGCAGUUUGAAGAGUAUCAUUCAGCUUUUUUGGCAAAAAAAUUGAUUAAAAACCACAUUUAAAUAUCGUUGUUAUACUCUUGUAUUGCUACUACAUACGUUGAAAGCUAAAAUAAAAUGAAUUUUAAAAGGCAUAAUAAGGGAGAAGACGUUACAUUGUCAUUUAAGGCACAAGGCAAGAACUUGAAAACGUCUCGACUUUUAUCCAUGCUGCCAUAUUCAGUAUUCACCAUUCAUUUCCCAUGUCACUGAUUAGGAGAAUUUGUUUAACAAUCAGGACAUUGGUGAUCAUUUCCGUAACUCUCAUGACCUUUCUGUUUGAUUAAGCAGUGAUAUUGUGAGGAAAAUUUAGAUGCUGAUCACUCAAUUGAUCCAAACGUUUUAAGUAACCGUUGAUAGACAUUAUUGAUUAUAUCCUUUGGGGUUAGGUUGUGUUUUUUUUGACUUUGGAGCAUUUUGGAGAUCAGAAUCCUCAAUGAGCUGUCUCAAAAUCAACGAAAUUAUCUGUGGUUGUCAGGCUGCUUCCGGCCACAUCUUAGUUUUUCGUCUAUUAUUAUGCACCUGUACAUGUUAAGCACUAAGGUGGGCUGAGA